UACGCGACUCCACCCCUCCGACAGACGAAGGCAUGGCGAGCACGGAGGCUAGAAGGGAGUGUGAGACAGAGGGCUGCAGCAAGGACGCCAAACUCCAGUGUCCUACAUGUAUCAAGCUUGGUAUUGAAGGCUCCUAUUUCUGUUCCCAGGAAUGUUUCAAAGGGAGCUGGGUGUCUCACAAGUUGCUGCACAAAAAAGCAAAGGACGACAAGAACCAGAAUGAAUCCAAGAACUGUGUGGAGAAUGACAUCAACACAGACCCGUGGCCCGGCUACCGCUACACAGGGAAACUACACCCACAUUACCCACUGACUCCCAUGAGGCACGUGCCCGGUGACAUCCAAAGACCUGACUAUGCUGAUCACCCCAGAGGGAUAUCUGAAUCGGAGCAGUUCCUGAAGGGGACGUCGCAGAUCAAGAUCCUCUGUCCCGAGGACAUCGAAGGCAUGCGAGUCGUGUGCAAGCUGGCACGAGAAGUCCUGGACAUCGCAGCCCUGAUGGUUAAAGUGGGUGUUACAACAGAAGAAAUCGACCACGCUGUGCACCUGGCUUGCACAGCUAGGAGCUGCUACCCCUCCCCUCUCAACUACUACAACUUCCCCAAAUCCUGCUGCACAUCUGUCAAUGAAGUCAUCUGCCAUGGCAUCCCAGACCGAAGACUAUUACAAGAAGGAGAUAUUCUCAACGUGGACAUCACCGUCUACCACAACGGUUUCCAUGGCGACCUCAAUGAAACCUUCUAUAUCGGCGAGGUGGAUGAAGAGGCAAAGAAGCUGGUUCAGACCACAUACGAAUGCCUUAUGCAGUCCAUCGACUCAGUGAAGCCUGGCAUUCGAUACAGAGAAUUAGGUAACAUCAUUCAGAAGCACGCUCAGGCCAACGGCUUCUCUGUGGUGCGGAGCUACUGCGGCCAUGGCAUCCAUAGACUUUUCCACACUGCUCCCAAUGUGCCACAUUAUGCCAAAAACAAAGCAGUUGGAGUAAUGAAGCCCGGCCACGUGUUCACCAUUGAGCCCAUGAUAUGUGAAGGUGGCUGGCAAGACGAGACGUGGCCCGACGGCUGGACGGCGGUGACCAGAGACGGGAAGCGCUCGGCUCAGUUCGAACACACCCUGCUGGUGACGGAGACCGGCUGCGAAAUCCUCACCCGCCGCAUGGAGGACAACGGGCGCGCUCACUUCCUCAACCAGGUGUAGGCCGGACUGGAGCGCACCAAGGACUGGACUUUCCAGACACUGACACCCAGCACCUCUGGGCGCACGCGGGCACACACACGCACACACACACACACGCUCACACUCUCUCUCCAUCUCAAAGGCACCACCCCCUGAGCUCAGUUUAACUGCGGCGCUCAUUGUUCUUUGAAUUAAAUAUCAGUUCCUCAAAUUAAAUGGAAGUACUUGAAUGUGUCUUAUAUUACACGUGGAUCGCUUUAUUAGUGAAAACUGUAUCCUUUGAAGGAAACAUGAACGUAUUCAUGAGAUUUGGUUUUGCUUAGUGGUCAGACUCGACAUCAGGCCUGUUUUCGACCUCUGGGUCGGGUCACCCAGUGUUUCUUACUGGCUGGCUAGUUGUUGUCUGUGGUAUAUGUGUGUGUGUGUGUGUGUAUGUGGUGCUCAGGGCAAAUCCAACUAGUACGCCAUGCUUCGCUUCUUUUCUCUCAACCUCUGCUAACUUAAUCCGAAUUCAUAUGAUUUUCCCAGAGACGGAUCGAAAAGAAUCAGCAAUACUAAAGACAAGAAGGAGGAGGCUUCCUAGACACUGGGUCAACACGUCUCUCAGCCUCAACGACUCGCAACUCUUGUUUCAAAGCUAGAAAACAACUAGGUUGAGAAAAAUAUUUUACUUCCCCUUUUUUUACACUUUGUUGUAUGGUUUAAACGUUUUUAUUUAUUUUUAAUAAAUGUUAAUAACCUAUUAAUGAUGUGCUGGGAGGUGGAUUUGUUUAGCUUUGAACAGCCAAGCUUAACCUUUCUAGUCUAUAUUCUAAGCUAAGAGGUAACCUCUCCUGGUUGUGACUGACUUAAUUUACAGAUAUGAGAGUUGUAUUACUCAACUACUUGAGGUUGGUAAAUCAAUAGUUGUAUUGCUCCUUGUUGGCCUGUUGGCUAACCACAGCACAGGGGCAACUAUCACUGUCCCAUCUACCUGGUGACGUGUGCAGCAGCAGCAGCACUUAUUCCUCUUCACUCAAUUGUCCUGUCCAGCUGUAAUGUGGCUAUUAUUAGCACACAGUCAAGUUUGUGACGCGGCCACCGAGUGCUCUGUUGACCCUGUUGACCCUGCGCCGAGGAAGUCUCCCUCUGUGUCUCGCGUGCCCGACAGCCCUGGUGUAGCAAAUUGAGCCUUAAUGUGUGAAUCUAGGAAUGAAAAACACGGCGGUUAUCUCAAGGCACGUUAACCGAUGUUAACCCCUCAUCUCGACGGUCACCAUUUACCUUGACGUGGGGGAUUCUCCCCCGGCGUGAGCAGCGUUUUUAUUCUUUCUAUUUUCAGAGGACUAAUGUGAUCAGUUUUCUCUGCCAUCUUUGUAUUUCUUCUAAUGGAGUAAUAAAUGACUCUUCUGUAGCUCUGCGUGGGCGAGUUUGUCCUUGGAAACGCUGGUGAAUCCCGAAAGUGGUCUAAUUUACCAGCCUUUUUAUUACUAGAAAGGACUGUCUGUGUACCUGGGAGCCUUAAUGCCCUUUUUAAACUAAGUGGAGUGCGAUGAGGGUCAAAGCUGCAUUUGAGAUUUUAUUAUGACACUUAGUUUACUUCAAGCUACGUUAACUGUGAAUGUAUCAGUAAACCUUUCGCUUCAUAAGGUUACAAUGUAGGUUUUCUGCUUCUCUAAACAUGCAUGACUCCAUUCAGGGCCCAGAGACCUGUCUUCAUAGGAUUUAGUUUGCACUGACUAGUAAAUGGUGAUUUAGUCAGUGUUGGCGGUCAUAGCACAUCAACAAACAGAAGAGGUGCAGGUGUUAUUACCAGUUUGUGAGGUGACUUCUCAAGGUCCGCUUCACUGAUGAUAUUACAUUAAGUUUUGCAGCAGAAUGCAAGGUGCCCGAUAUUUUUUAACGGAGGGAGAGAGAACAAAUCAUUUGUUUACAUAAUAAAUGUAUUUUUCCGUUCAUUUUUUUUUUCUCAUGUAUUUAAAAAAAAAAAAAAUAAGACGUCGGGGAGUUUUAUAUUUUUCAUGACAACUGUUACAUUACACCCUGUCACUUCCUAAAUAAAGGCUUCACUGUAACUGCG